CAGCUAUGUCUCACCCAUCUUGGCUGCCACCCAAAAGCACUGGUGAGCCCCUUGGCCAUGUGCCUGCACGGAUGGAGACCACCCAUUCCUUUGGGACCCCUAGCAUUUCAGUGUCCACACAACAGCCACCCAAAAAGUUUGCACCCGUAGUUGCUCCAAAGCCCAAGUACAACCCAUACAAGCAGCCUGGAGGUGAAGGUGAUUUUCUUCCACCCCCACCUCCACCUCUAGAUGAUCCCAUUGCCCUUCCAUCUGGCUCUGGAAACUUCCCUCCUCCACCACCCCUUGAUGAAGGUGCUUUCAGGGCACAGGGAAAUCCGGGAGGCAAGACCCUUGAAGAGAGGCGCUCCAGCCUGGAUGCUGAGAUCGACUCCCUGACUAGCAUCUUGGCUGACCUCGAGUGCAGCUCCCCCUACAAGCCUCGGCCCCCACCGGGCUCUACUAGUUCAACAGCCUCUCCUCCAGUCUCCACCCCUGUCACAGGCCAUAAGAGAAUGGUUAUACCAAACCAACCCCCUCUAACAGCAACCAAAAAGUCUACAUUGAAGCCACAGCCUGCACCACAGGUUGGACCCAUCCCUGUGGCUCCAAUAGGGACACUAAAACCCCAGCCUCAGCCAGUCCCAGCCUCCUACACUACAGCAUCCACUCCUUCAAGACCUUCCUUCAAUGUACAAGUGAAGUCAGCCCAGCCCAGCUCUCAUUAUAUGACUGCCCCUUCAUCAGGACAAUUUUAUGGCCCAGGGCCAGGGCCCCAGGUCUAUAAUACUCAAGCAGUUCCCAUCUCUGGGCAAUGUCCACCUCCUACAACACGGGGAGGCAUGGAUUAUGCAUAUAUUCCACCACCAGGACUUCAGCCUGAGCCUGGGUAUGGGUAUGCCCACAACCAAGGACGCUAUUAUGAAGUCUAUAGCCCAGCAGGGCCUGGUUAUGGAGGCAAAAAUGAACCGGAUCCUGCCUAUGCUCAACAAGGUCACCCAAAUACCUGGAAGCGGGAACAAGGGUACACUCCUGGAACAGGGAACCAGAACCCUCCUGGGAUGUAUCCAGUUGCUGGUCCUAAGAAGACCUACAUCACAGAUCCUGUUUCAAUGCCCAGUGUACCACCACUGCAGUCCAAGGGUGGACUUCCAGGGUCAGUGGGGCCUCCAGCUGUCCCCACCUCAUUCCGGCCUGAAGAUGAGCUUGAGCACCUGACCAAGAAGAUGCUGUAUGAUAUGGAAAAUCCACCUGCUGAUGAAUACUUUGGUCGUUGUGCUCGCUGUGGGGAAAACGUAGUUGGGGAAGGGACAGGAUGCACUGCCAUGGAUCAAGUCUUCCACGUGGAUUGUUUUACUUGCAUUGUCUGCAACAACAAGCUCCGGGGGCAGCCCUUCUACGCCGUGGAGAAGAAAGCCUACUGCGAGCCCUGCUACAUCAAUACCCUGGAACAAUGCAGUGUGUGCUCCAAGCCCAUCAUGGAGCGGAUUCUCCGAGCCACUGGGAAGGCCUAUCACCCUCACUGCUUUACCUGUGUGAUGUGCCACCGCAGCCUGGAUGGGAUCCCUUUCACCGUGGAUGCUGGCGGCCUCAUCCACUGCAUUGAGGACUUCCACAAGAAAUUUGCCCCCCGAUGUUCUGUGUGCAAGGAGCCUAUCAUGCCAGCUCCGGGCCAGGAGGAGACUGUCCGGAUUGUGGCUCUGGAUCGUGAUUUCCAUGUGCAUUGCUACCGGUGUGAGGAUUGCGGCGGCCUCCUGUCUGAGGGAGACAACCAAGGCUGCUACCCAUUGGACGGACACAUCCUCUGCAAGACCUGCAACUCUGCCCGCAUCAGGGUGCUCACUGCCAAGGCCAGCACUGACCUUUGAGCACAGCCACCAGCCCAAUGAGCCAUGGGGUUGGUAGAGCAGAGAAGAGUGAAACACAAGGAACAGAUAAGAAAAGAAAUAGGAAAGGAGAGGAAAGGCAAUCAAGCUAUGGGACGGUCUCUGUUCUUCAUAUGCUAUUAACCUUUCCUUAGAAACACAUAAAUGAUAAGAUUUUUUUUUAAGUUCUCACCAAAUACACAUUUCACAUUUCUUCAUGUAGGACCCCUGAUGGGCCUUUGUUCCCAAGGACUUCCACAAUUUUCACAGAGUAUGCUCCAUCCCAUUCACUUCUGCAUUCCUGUAGCUUUUAAUCCCUAUGUUUGUCUCCCUUUUCAUACGGUUGAAUGGCUGUUUUUAGCGUGGUAUUUGCUGUCACACGGUUUUGCCUGGGUCAGUCUGCCAACUCACAGGUGCUUUUAGGCUGGAAGCCUCCAUCUGAUCUCUUUCAAACUGCCUGUAAUCCUAAAGGAUAGCCAUUCUUUUUCUGUAUAUUGAAAAGUAUAUUUUUCUGUUGCUCUAAACCAGUCAUGUCCCUUUGAGGAAAAAUACAGUUUAUCUGUUAGGCUAUAAAGAAUAUAAGCUGUAAAUUACAUAGGUUUAAACAAGCCCAAAUUUAAUUUACAACCAUCCAAAUUCAAAACCUAAAGUGACCAGUAGUUGGGGCUCAUUCAAAAAUAGAUAUUGGUGAGAGAGAUCUAAAGGUCAAUCUUUUUCUAAAGAAAUUACAGGUGGGAUUAGCUGGAAAAAGCAUUUCGGCAGUGUUUGAAAAGCCCAUUAUUGCCCCACGAUGUUAUCUUAAGAUUUUGCUUUUCCAUACUGCCUGGACAUCAAAAUACAGACAAACAUAACAUAGAUUUCUCUAGAACAUAGCAUUUCCAGUACUGCCCACUUUUCAGCUCACAACUAUUGCCAUGUUUUUUUCUAAUAUCUGAACACAACUACCAAAUUUGAGUUCUUCUCUAGAAGAAAACAGUUAUAAAGAACAGUUGAAAUUCCUUUUUUUCUCCAGGUCCUGGUCCUUCUUGCCUAACAAUUGCAAAUCAGGGCACACGAAAUAAAUUGUGUAGUUUUGUUAGUUUACUCUAAAAAGACAGAAAGCUUGAAAAGAUUGUGAAACCAUAGUUCCACUAUUCUCAUAAUCCUUCUGCAACUCAAAUUAUGUAUUGCAGGAGACAUUUUCAUAUCAUCGAUGUGACAUUUACACCACAUUUUCAAAGACAAUCAGUGAAAAAAAUUGCCUUUCUGAGCUAAAAAUAUGCAGAGUCUCUGCCUGGAAUCUUUGUUCAAAUGCUUACUGGGCAUUGAAAUGCUUUCUUGCCAACUGCAGAGCCACACUUCUGUUAGCUUCUCACGUUUCUUUUAAGGAAAGACACCUAUCUUAGUAACGGCAGGUUGCUGCCUUGUAAACUAAAUUUGGAUUGAGAUUUCUUAAACUUUUCUUCACAUCUUCCACAGUAUAUACUUUUAAAUUAUGAAGUAUUUUAAGUGUACACAAAAGUAUAAAUAAUAAUAUAAUGAAACCCUGUAUACAUAACACCCAGUUUAAGAAAUCAAAUAUAAUACAUAUAGUUACAUUCCCGUUUACCCUUCCCUAAUUCCCCAAAGACCUUUUGCAUGAUUAAUAAGUGAUGAAGUCUGUUUUCUAGACUGAUUUUUUAUUUUAAUUUUUAAUUUUAACACUCAGAAAUGAAAAAUUAUUUGUGCAUGUUUUGAAUUGCGAACCAUGCCUCAGGAAUUCCAGUUGAAUUUAUUUUAUUUUAAUAGAAUUAAUUGUAAAAAUGGUUCGAUUUUUUUUUUUUCAGUAAGAAAUUCUUAAGCCUAUGAUCACUGUAGUUCACCUAAUUUAAUUUGUGACUCAUUUGCUUUGAUCACCAGUUUUAUUUUAGAACCACCCAGGUUAUAGCUUUGACCACUGUCCUUUCCUUACCUUGCUACUCUUAUCCUUGAUGUUGUAUUCUUUCAUAAUGUGAAAUACAGUGGGAUUCACGCUGGGCAGCAUGUGAAUUUUGGGGUACAGUGGCAACUGUGUCUCUGGCUUUCUGUCUUCCAAAUUAAAGGCCAGACCAUGCUGAAGACCUCAAAGAGCACUGACUAGCAGACAGUUGGAAUGAUAAUAUAAUCUCCUUGAAUUGCUUCAGUAACUUGUUUUUUAUGAAAUCCUUGGGGAAAAUUGUCUUUAGGCCGAAAGCCCAAUUUAGUGAGAGAUGGAUUUUAUCCCUUGAAGUGCAGUCAUAUUAUUAUAAAUUUUGCCAAAAGAGGAAGAAUUUAUGAAAUAUUUAUGCUAUAAAAAUGCAAUAACAUUCUACUUGUUUGUUACAUUUAAGUCCUUAUGUAACUGAAUGUUUACAUGCCAAAAAAAAAGUUACAGGAAAAUCCUGUCACAGACCCAUCCCUGUGGCACUGCCAGAAAACUGCUUGCUCACAAUCUUUAUAGUGCAUUUUUAUCACAUAACCUCAGAGUAUCUUUACCAAAGAUUUUUAAAGUAAAUCUUUUAAAUAUAGACUUCUUAUACUUUUAUAAUAAUGAAUUGCACACAUACAUUAUUUAGAAAUAUUUAGAUUUAGAUUUUUUUUUUCUUUCACAAGGUAUGUUAAGGAAAGGAUCCUACAAUAGUUUAUUCCAGGAUUUCUUAAAUAUAUGACUUAUAUUGCUUUCUUGUCCUUUCUAUUAAUCAUGUGAUUUAAGCAAUGCCAAAUCACUCUUUACUGUUUUAGGUACAUGAAAUUUUGCCUAUAACAGAGAUAGAAUGAUCAUAUUACCUUAACAAUUGUAGUUCUACUGUCUUUUGAUAUAUCUACUUGAUUAUUGUCAUUUAUCGUUAAGUUCAUAAAUAAUAGGAAAAAAUCAUACAGUAUAUAAGAGAAAGUUUGUAAAAAUGCACUUGUUCUAAAAACUUGUCAAAAUCACAAAUCCUUAGUAUUUCUGUGUAACAUAAGACACAUGGAAAUGGGAGAAAAAACCUACUGUGUCAUGGGCUUUGUAGACCAUUUCAAAAUUAGAUUUCUUCAUUGUCUUGAUCCCCAGUUCACACUGACUCACUGUGGAGUCUCAUUUGCAAACAAAAUUUUGUUUAAAGUUAAGAAUAAGUAAUGUGUCCCAGCAGAAGGCAUGCUUUGAGAUGCUGGACAUAACUGAGGCUAAAAGAUGUGGGUGCUUUUUCCUGUCACUAACAAAUUGUUUCCAUAGGAGUUACUUCUGUGAUCAAAAUUACUUUGUGCUGAUGAAUGCAGUAGAGAUAUCAACACUGUAAUUGUUUUCUCACUAUGAAAGAUUCUGCAAAGAUGUAUUUGGUGAUGUUUAAAGUAUACAAAGCCCUAAAUUCCUUUAAACAAGUAUUUUCAUUUGAGUCCAGAGGGAAAAAGAGAGCACUUUACCAAAAAGGCUAUCGUAGAGGGCCUAUGGAAUACAAAUAAGACUGAAAAAAUACAACUUCCAACAGUUUUCCUAGUUAGUAAAAAUCCUAUUAAUGUGAACCAGCCAGGAAUAACAGUGUUAUUUCUAUUUGAUAUGGUUUGGGCUUUUCUUGUCAAAUCUGUGUCGGCUGCCCCCUGAUCCCUCCAUUAUCAAGUUUUGAAGGGUGUUGGGGAAAUUAUGGCAGCUGGUAGGGAGAUCAGGGAAACACUCAUGUAACCUCACAGGCUCUCACCAUUCCUCUUGGCUUGAAAAGGCUUUUUUUCAAUAUACAUUUCUAGAAAUAUUGCUGUUCUACCUUAGUAUUUCACAUUUGUAGUUUAAACAAAUGAUUGUCCAUCUGUUGCCUAGAGCUACAGUACAUGUGUGUUAUGAAUGAAAUAUGACAGCAUGUUCCAUACCCUGCUUUAGCCAUCUGUAGGAAACCAGUAGGCUGAAAAAGAUAUACCUCUACAAAAUGUGCCUCCAGUCCCUUUCAUAUGAUCAUUCUUUUGGUGCACUCGUAGGAGACAAUCAGAGAGCAACAUGCAUUUGUGCCUUACUUUUAAAGAAUCUUUACACUACUAUGAAUAUGCCACUAAAGAGUCUAUAACAAAAAUAGCAAUUACCGAAUAUCCAAGAUAUACUCACCAAAGAGUCAAACAAAAUCUAGAGAAGUCUGAACCCUUUAUCUUCAUGUAUUUCUAAUAGUGUUUCUUUUCUCAUUGCCUCUUGGAAGUACUUUAUGGAUUCCUAAAUUAGGAAGACACUCUUGGGGCCAGAAGGUGACGUCCUGGGUGUUGUUAGUGGUUAUGUUUGGUCUUACUCUGGGUUUAGUCAGACAAUGAAGAUAGAAACUUCUACUUUAGCCUUUGCCACCGACUCACAUGUCUACUGGUUUGUCUUGUUUUGGCUACUUUAAUAGUGGAUAGAACAAGUUGUUAAUCUAGGUCUGAGUCGCUAUUGUGGUGCAACCAUGAAGCUUUCAGGUCAAGUUAUUUACUUGACAGAUUACUAGAAUGACGCUUUUCUUAUGAGGCUGCUGUUUGGUUAGUGUAUUAUUUCAAACUUUUAAGAAAUGAUCGCAUCAAAACUCCACAACUUGGUGAGAAUUCUUCCUCUCUGCCCCUUUCCUUCCUUUCUCCUUCCUUCUUCCCUUCUUUCUUACAUUUUUAUUUUUUCCUCCCUUCCAUUCUACCUCGUAGUGCUAUCCUGCUUGGACUUUUCAUAAAUAAAUUAAAUGAAUGUAUUAUGAUCCUUAUGGAAUUAUGACCAUAUUAAAGGAAGAAGCCUACUGCAAAAUAGAGUAGCAUACGUGAACCCUUCCUUUAAAGGGACAUACCUUCUAGAUUGUGUUUAUUCAAAAAGGGAGAUAAAAUAAUAGCAUCUUUCAGUUUAUUUUAAUGAAUUUUCAUCAGGAACUCACAUCAUAGAGCUCUGGGCAAAUUCAUUUAUGACUGCCCUACUUUUCUUAGCUGUAUGCACAGUGAUCUUUCUUAGAUAAGGUUAAGUUUUAUUCUUUAAUUUUUUUAGUCCAAAGCAUUUUGGUCAGCAAAAUAAUCGUAUUUUUAGGUGGUAGCAUGUUAUUUUAUUGCAAUGAAACUUGAUAAUUGUCCUUAUGGCAACAAAAAAUUAUACUUCCAGAAUUUGUACACAUAACAGCAUUUUUCCCAUAACAAUAAUAUUAAAUCUAAGAGUUAAAAUACAGUAUUUUACAGUGGAUAGGGCAGCACCAGAGAUUUUUCUGGAGCACAGAUUACAGGCCUGUAGUCUGUUUAUAAAAAGCAACCUGAGAAGCACAAGUUUGGGGCUCUCAGUAUAAAUCAUUUUAUUAAAAUUUAGCUCUGAGGUUCCUUAGAACUCUGGCUAAUAGUGAUAAAAAUAAGCUUUCUGUGUCCAUUUUUAUUAGUGUGUUUGGAAAAAGCUUAUAAUUCUAGGAAUAUAUUUCCAUUUUUUGGUUUCUAUCCUCACUUCAAUUUUCUGUAAGAUUUCACAGGAUUGACAUUGAUUUUCUUUUUGUGGAAGGUCACCUUCAAGGAAAGUAAAAUAUACUUAAAACAUACUUACUGCAGUUCAUAAAUGAAUUUGCCAAGACUUAAUGAUGGUCUCAGUGAGGAUGUUAUUUUGAUAUGUGGGCAGAGGUUUUUGUUUUUUGUUUUUAACCUAUAUUCAAGAAGAGGGGUUCAGGAGGGGAAGGAGGGAUUUGAAAGAAGGGACAGUCUCCAAUUACAUUAUCCAAGACAGUUCUCAUAUAGUAUAACUCAGAGGAUUUUCAUAGGGCUUUUAGGGAUCGACCAUUGUGGUUGUUUAAAUAAGUAGAUUAUUUAUAUUUCCAAGUUUAUAAGGUAUUUGAAAAUCACUGUGUAUAACAAUGUGUUUUCUAUGUCAGGAGAGAAUAAGGUGAGAGCUGCUCCUAGGCGCCAUGCCGUGGCCCUGCCUCCCCAGAACCUUUAUGAUAUGUAUCCUGUCAUCCCCUCUGAGAGACAGGCAUAGCCCCUGUAGUCCUGCAGGUGUGAUAUGUAUUCUCACGCAUUCUUAGGCACAUUGUGCUAUACCCUGGGAAGCUUUGAAGGUCAGAGGUCUCCAUAUUCACAAAUUUGACAGUUGCUCCCUUUCCAGUGUACUUACCUGGUAAACACAUAAAUAGGAGUUUGGGGGUUUGUGAUUCUCUUGUUUGAAGUCCAGUCAUCACUCUCUUUAAUACCUGGCCUAAACAACUAUACUAGAAUUGGUUUGUACUGGUUUUCUUAUUUUUAGUUGCAAAUAGAGAAAACUAACUUUACCUUACUCACAUUAAAAAAUAUAUAAAUAAAAUGGAAUAUUUUUCCUUAGAGGACACUUAUUUCUCUAUUACUUCCCUGGCCUUUGUGCAAAAAGGUGUAGACCCUAUUGCAGUUAUCUGACAUGCUUGGGAGUUAUUUUGGGAACAGUUGUGUGAAGAUGCAUUUUCAUUAAACUUAUUUCCCCCUUGGAGUUACAAAAACAUUACUAAAAUCUUCACUCUUUAUUUUUGAUUGCCAUGCAAUUUACAGUAGUCUCUAACCACACUAACAAAUAUCUCGAUUUCCAUCCUUCAUUAGGAACAAAAAUUAGUAUUCUACCAGUAGAAAUUAUAGAGUCAAGAGAGGAGGAAACCCUACAGCUAAUUCCUUUGUGAUAUUUUAACAUGCCUCCAUUAUCCUUUUCUUACUGUAUGUCUUCAUUAAGUUUUCUACAAUGGAGUCCACAAUGGGCAAGAACUCCACCAUCAUCUAUUCCACUUGGUGUUAAAAUUUCCUUACAGAUUCAUUGAUAAGUAAUAAUCCAGACUCUGUUAAACAUCACCUGCACCAAGGAGCUUAUUUUUUUUUAUGAGGGUAUUAUUGAUAUACACAUUUAUAAAGGUUUCACAUGAGCAACCUUGUGGUUGCUACAUUCACCCAUAUUAUCAAGUCCCCCCCAGACUCCAUUGCAGUCACUGUCCAUCAGCGUAGUAAGAUGCUGGAGUCACUACUUGACUUCUCUGUGCUACACUGUCUUCCUCAUGACCCCCACACACACACUACGUGUGUCAAUCAUAAUGCCCUCAAUCCCCUUCAAGAAGCUUAUUAUUCUUAAGGUUUUCCAUUCUUGCCAUCACUCUUUGUUCCAAGCUCACCUUGACUUUGAAAUAGAACCAGCCUUUGGGGUAUGUGUUCCUGGUGCCACACAUAAUUAAUCUUUAGUACCUAACAAAAUGUAGCUUCCUUCCUCCAUUUUCCAUCCAAAUAUAUUUGUUUAGUUUUUGGCAACACAUUACUUUAACAUUUUUUUAUUUUUUAGCUGAAGUUUCUAAAAACCUCUAAACAUUCUUAAAAAUAGUUUGAAGGAUUUCUGAGGGCCAGGUUUUAGAGUUGAUCUUUUGUUGCAGUUGGUUUUACUUUCUUAUUCAAAAGACGAGCUAUUCUGAUAGUUGUUAUAUAGCUUUAUGCUUUCCCCCCCUGUAACUAACCCAGCAACAGUGUCCUCCAGUUAACUGGCCUGUAGAUAAUAACCGUUAAAUGUUGGGAAAUGUCAGUGUAUGAUCGUCACUUCUAACAAGGAAAAUAUCAAAAGCAAAAGAUAGUGGUUCUGUUGAAACUCUUUACUUCUGGCCAGAUCUUCUAUACAAAAGGAAAUCAUUCUUGGGGGAAGGGGUUAUAUUAUGUUAUGGUUUUAUGUAGAAAUGUAUAGGUUCUUCCAUUAGUGCCCCAGGUCACUCUUUAGUUUCAGUAGUAUUCGUUGGUCUUUGGGAAGCCAAGCCUCAUGGCUCCCUCCUCUCUAGUUAGCAUCAGAGGGCCCUAUCAGCAGAACCUGUCAUCAGUCCCCUGGGCGGGACCUGGGGCUGGCUUUCUAAGCUCUAAAAUAAUAAUUCCUAAGAGAGCUUACAAACUGCUUUCACACAUAAAACAGCCCUGGGAGAGAGGUUAUUAAUAGCCCUAUCCUAGAAGAGAAAGCUGAGGCUCAGAAUUGUUAAGUGACUUGCCAAAAAUGAUAUAGUAACUAAGUAGCAGAUUCUGGGAUGUACCCCAUCUGAUAAGAGUCCACUGCCCUCUCCACUGGCCACUCUGAGGGCACAGAAUACCUCAGAGUACAAUGCAUGCAUCUUUCAGACUUCUCACAGAGAGUAAAGAUCCCUGUGUUCAAAAGUAUCCAGAGAAAGUCACAUAGACCAUUAAUUUAGCUAUCAGGUGGCAAGCCCCCAUGCAGAUUGUGUUUGCUGUCAUCUAGAGCUUGCAGCGCAUUCUAUGUCAUCUAGAUAGUCUUGUGUGAUCGGCCCUGGGAUAAGGUCCAUGGGGCAAGGCCACACUAAGAACAAACAACUGUGGCUCUGAAGCUCACUGCAGCAAAUUUCCCUGUAGACAGCUGGUUUAUUCUACAUUAACUGGAAAACUCUCUGAAACUGUGAGGGUCAGAAUAUCACCAAAAUCAAAUCAUUUAGAAUUCAGAGGAGCACAGAGGUGACUUGACCCUUAAGGCAAGGCUCUCUCCUGUGGUCUGUGAUGUAUGCCCCACAAACACAGAAACUGCUGAGGGUAAACAAUGCAUAUUAUUCUCUCUCUCUUCCUCAGUUCAGAUUUUUGAAGCCCACCAAGUGUAUGUGACUGCAUCAAGCAUUCCAAAUUGCCCAGCCAACCCAUGACCUUGAGAUGUUGUGAACAAAUGCCACGGGACUGAAUGCAGUUCUGAACUUGGCCAUUGCCCCUGGAUAGACUGGGCUUCCUGGACUGUGGUAGGUUUGUGAUUCGUGUAUGAGUAUCACAGGGAGUUAGCACUGUGUUGUUUCCAGGAUACUAGGAAGCCUCCACGAAUAUUCUCAAAGCUGCUGCAUAUGGCAGUUCAGCAUGUUUCAGGCCACUGCCCCUCCUGAGCUGCGUCCUUCAGGAAGCUGUGUCUUGUGAUAUAUGCUCCUGGCGGGGGGGUGGGGGGGUGUUGUUUCCUCCCAUUUCCUAUUAGAGUUGUUUAGCUUUACAUUAAAAUCUUAGGACUGAUUAAAAAAUAUUCUUUCUUCAUCUGAGUGAAAUCUACUUUAGGAAACCUUUAAAAUGAUCUCAUCUAAUAAGAUUUCAAGGUAUUUUCUCUCCCUGGAGUCUACCAUCCAUCAAGCCAGUCUCACCACCCAUCUUCAUAUUCCCUAAGAGUUCUAAGAGGCAAGUGAAGUAACAAAUAGCUUCUCACCCCUUUCCAGUCUUCACAUCUGGGAGAUACAGGAGGUGCCAGUGGGGCCAGAAGAGUAGUAACUAGGGCUGAGAUGGCAACGUAUGCAACUGGAAGGGUGCCUCAUCCCCUCGUGACGUUUGAUAAACAUCAUGGCUGAUGGAACGCCAAGUAACUCUUGGAGAACAGAGGGAGUACUCGCACCCAGGAGAGGUUAGUAGAUCCAGCAUUUUAAGAAAUUUUCAGAAUUAUCUAGGUGAGUGUGCCUGAGUAGAGACUCACUUGGCUAGAACCUGUGACAUCUUAUUAGAGGGAAUGAAAGGACAGUGAGGCAGUGAGUAUGAAAAGCAGCCCUUUAAGAUAAUAAUAGAAGCCACAAACCCUGAUUUAUCUCUACAUGAUGUAAAGAAAAUUAUUAAUAAAAAUGUUUCUUCCUCUAGGCUGCACAAUAGAGUCCCCCAUAUUUUUAGGGAAAAUACAAUUGUGUUGUCUUUACAACACACACCAUUGAUGUGCAUGCACACAGGCACACACAGACAUCCUCCAGGAAAGCUGAUCCUUCAAAAAAGAACUCCUAUUUUAAAACACGGGUUUUUCAGGCCAGGAAAUUAAUGAUUCCCUAGGCAUGACCCAUUUUUGUGGCUGCCAGAAAAGAAAAAGCUGUUUAAAUUUUGUAUGGAUCCAUUUAUCUCUAAACUAUGCCGAAAUAAUUUGAGGUGGGGUGGAGAAUAAGGUAUUUAUCUCUUCUGCUUGAUUCCCUCUGUGUAUUUCUAUCUGUGGGAAAAAGGUGAAGAACUAUUCUGGGCCAUUAUUUAUUGCUGCGUUGUGUUGCCACUCUGUAUGGUGCCUACCUUGCUUCGUGCUGAGGCAGAGGAAUAACAGUUGCUCCUUUGAAUCCAUUUCCUCUGUCACAAAGGAGAAAGGAUUAAGCCUGAGCGUCUUUCCUCACAAAAUUAUUUAACUCCAUUUAUGAACUAGUUUAGAAAAUGUGAAAUGGGAACUCCUAGCUUUUCUCAAUACAUGUCUCCUUUCUUUCUUUCUUGGGAGAGUUAGGUAUAAAAAGAAAAAAAAUUCAGUUCUUUCUCAUCUCUUUUCUUUGGGUGACAGUUGAUGAUCACUUAGUACUUAUAAACGAGAAGCAGGAGAAUAGCUUAGCAAGGUUAUGAUUUAUCUGCCAAUGUGUUUCAUACCUUAAAACACAGACUUUAAGAGGAAAAGGGAUUUUUAUCAUUUAAAUGCCACCAGUAGGAAUGGCCUCCAUUUUAACUUUCAAAUGCUAAAAGGCAAGUUGAUAUUGAGGCAAUAUUUUCAUUUUGCUAACCCAUAUAUCUUCUGCUUAGUUUUUAUAUUAAUGUUAGGUACAUCAGUUCAUCAGGAUGAAAUUGCCAUAGGAUGAAAAGUGCCUUUAACUCCCUCACUAGGUAGCAAAUUGAGCUGGUAUUGAAGGUGCCAGCCUUCUACCUCAACUGAAAUAUCUGAACUGAGGUGUACCCUUUAUGAAAGAGAUUUAGGAUCCUGGAAACUAAAUUUUGUCACCAACAGUUUAUACUGAAGUAGUUGCAAAAUCAGUUUUAAGUGAUUCCUUUUACUGCCCACUUAUUCUCUUGGGAAAGCUGAUGAGCAAAUUACCCAAGAAUUAUUUCCUUAUUAAACUAAGUCAGAAUAUUUACCCCCUAAAAAUCUGAAUUAUGCCCUCAUUCUUUUUAAGAAACAUAUUAAAGAGCAAAUAGAAUCACAGAUGAUACUGGAUUAUGAUUCUUUGCUAUGAAUAAAAUUAUGUGAUUUCAUGUGCCUUAAGUGAAAAUUUAAACUUAGAUGCAAAAUUUUCACAGUUGCUUGUAGGAUUAAACUCUUAUGAUACUAUCUAUGCAACGAAUUACUUUGUUUUUUGUUUUGUCUUUUAAGAUUCACAUUCAUCAUUAGUUUAACAGAUUUGGGGCUCUCUCUCCCCUGGGAAUGUGUGCAAUUACGAUACUCUCCAAGAAAGGAAGGGAAAGAACUUUGCAGCACCAAUCUGUGCCACGGAGUAGAUGUGCCAUGAAGUUACAGAGCCUGAGGAUAGUAAUUUUCUCUGAACUGCACACACAAGCUUUUAUUUCAUGGCUUUGUCGCAGGCUUUUCUCCUUCUGUGCCAUCACCUUUGAGAAAAAUGAUUGCACCUUCUCCAAGUCUGCCUUUUUAACAGCUACAGUUGAGUUGGCAAGACUUCCCCAGCUCUGAAUAUAGCCAUUUGCCGACUCCGGCCUCUUUGCGAGACUGACUCAAAUCUGUGAUCUUCUGUUCAGCAUACACAUCAGCAAAGUGAGAAGAUGAGCACUAAAUAUAGGCUCUAUUAACUUUACUUUUAGAUUUACUGCCUUCAAAAAGUGCCUAUUCUGAGAAACAUAAACGUUAUUGCUACAUAUGUAUGUACACACGGUACCCAGCGUCAUACUGUGCAGCCUUCAAAAACACACCAUCUAAGGGAGUAGGUGCUAAGAUAAGGAAACCUUGCCAAAGGAAAGGAAGUCACUCAUUUCCAAUAUCCCCUAGGGAGUGGCACUGUGAAACGGGCUGCAAACACAUUCCCUGAGCAUUCCUUGCUGAUACAGCCGCUUUAUAUUUAUAUCCUAGAGGAUGGUGGCAUAUUGCUGAGGUUUAUUGUACUCUGCUUUAAGGGAUAUACAAUUUAUGGAAUUGGAACAUUUAGCCGGGGAAAAAAAUUGUUAAAGAGAAUUAAUAGAGCCAGAGUCGUAUUAGGAUAUGUGUCAUAUGCAUGUUUUAUAAACUAAGCACUAGUGGCUUUAGAAUGUCAGCACACCUCUCCUCCUUUUACCUCUCAGGCCACAUCAGUGAAAAUGAAAGAAAAGUCUUGGCUGUGAGGACUGUAGGCUCAGGGUGCUAAAUGCUGUGCCAGAGCUUUAGAUAAUCUUGACUUUGACUCCUAAAAAUUGUAGCAUAUGCUAUUUAAUGGCUUUUGUUUCCAUAGUUCUGUCACUGAUAUUACAGCUAUAGAUAUUGUUGCUAGAGCUGGAGCACAGUCUGGAAUAAUGAAUUCUUACCCUGGUGUGGCAAGAAGAGAGGGCCCAGGUAAAUAGGACAAAAUAGAUGGUGCGUGAUUUUCAGAAACGGGUUGAAGGGAGGACAUGCUUCCAAAAAAGAUCCUUCUCAAUGUGUCGUCUGACUCAACCAGCUGGCAAAUUACACUUGCCAAGUCGCUCUCCUCCCUUCUAAGUCAGUUGGCUCCAUGUUCACUCGAAUAUGCCUUUCCUUUGGGAAUGCAAGAUACCUCCAGUUAGCCUUCCUCCAAAGAAGCUCUUGGCCACAAAGUUGAAUCCUACUCCACUUGGUUUUACCAAAUGCAAGUAAAGAGGGCCGAACUGUGGAAGAUGGUUUUCAUGCCAUUGCAGUCAGCCACCCAUUCUGCUUUCCUUAUAAGGAGCCCCACUACAUAAACUGGGGAUGAGGUUCGAACAGGCUACUGUUUCAUAACUUCAAGAGCAUGGACGCCUGCUUUAGUUGUCCUCAUUUUUUGAGACCAAUUGGCUCCCUGAAGAGUGUGAUGUUGUUUGCUAACAACGUAGUCUUGCUGUUGAUGUUCUUUCUCUGUUUACCUUAUCCAAUUUCAACACCAGUCACUUUCUGAGUUUUAGAGAAUCUGAUUUUAAUGCUAGAUAAGAGUUUAAGAAUCUCUGUGAGGUGUCAGAAGGGACAUUAGGACACAGAGGUUCUCCUCCUUAGAAACACGAGGGACUGGGAAAGAGGCAACAUGCCUUUGCUCCAGGUUUCCAUGUGAUGAUCUUGACUGAGAGAGGGGUUUGUGUAAACACUAAGUGAUAUUUACAAGUAGGUAGACUAAGGAGAGUAGAGAGACAAGAGAGAAGCCAGGUUGUCCCUAUGCUAAAUAUGUCUACUUAGAGCAAUAGCUUCCCCCUAACUUAGUGUACUCAUAGCCUCAUCAUGAUCAGCUGCUAGUCAGAAUAACAUUUCCUGACUUGGGGAAAGCCACACAAACACCAUAUAGGGAAUAUGCCUUUUAUCACAUGUGUGAUACUGGCAUAGCCAUGGUAUUCCUAAAAUAUGUUUUUCUUUGUUAAUUUUAUUCUUAGAAAAUUGCAUUUCUCCACUACAUCAUGAACCAUCACUGACUUAUCCAAAACAACCCACAUGGUUCUUUAGGAAAAUAAGAGAAUAAAACCUGUUAUAAGCAAGUGAUUUGGGUAAUUUUGUAAUGAUAUAUUAUCCAACUAUUUUAAAUCAUUUUUCUGUUUACCUUCUAUCAGUUUUUCCUACCAAUUAUGUUUUUUCAAUGCUCUGUAAGAAUAAAUAUAAAAAUCACAUUGCUUUUUUUCUGUAAAAGAACCACAAUUAUUUUAUUAUAAUUAGAAAUCCAAUAAACUUCUUAUUACAUUUA